AUAAAGGAUGACAGGAAUUCAACUAUGUUGAAACCGUGGGUAAACUGUGUUGCAGCGAGCGUUGAAGUUAGACAGCACUGCUAAAGUACGGGGGAAAAAGAAGGUGAAAUGAAAUUUAGGAUAACGUUCUCGAAACGGCUACAUUACCAAAGAUCUUCAGAGACUGCAUGAUUGUUGGUACAUAGGCCCAUGAAACGAGCAAGAAAUGGGGCAGACGUCAGUCUCAACCUUGUCUCAGAAUGCAAGUGUUGACGGGUUGGAGAAGAUAUCACUUGCUAACUCUGAUGUGGUAAUCCCAGGAUCUCAGACACCUCCACUCAAAAGAAAAGGCAAGCUUUCUUCAUUGGGAAACAUUUUUAAGCCUUGGAAAUGGAGAAAGAAGAAAACGAGUGAAAAGUUUCAAGAAACCUCAGCAGUGUUGGAGAGAAAAAUAUCCACAAGGCAAAGUCGUGAAGAAUUAAUAAGAAGAGGUGUUCUCAAGGAAAUCCCUGAUCAAGAAACCUCGAAUGGACACACAGUACCUCUCAGCAUAGAGCCAGUGGCAGAAGAGAUUCAAGUGGACAUUGAAAUACAGGAUGACUCUUCAGAGGGGAAGAAAACAUCACCAACUGAUGAAACGGAAGACAAAAAAGGUAAGGCAAUAAUAAUGCAGAUAUUUUUGUCUUGACUAUCUUGAUUAAAUGCAUUAAAUAUUCCAAGGACUGCCCAGUAAUCCAUGCUUCAGUUCUUAGUGUUCAAAGACAAUACCAAUACUGCAAUCAGUAAAUGUUCAGAUAACAACAAAAAAUCUGGAAUAUGAUGCAUUUCAUAACAGUGAAACAGCACAGAGAGUUAAGAGUUUCACACAGACAUGCUUUAGUACACACCCACCUGCUAAUUAAUUCUGUCUCAUGUUCUACAUGCUUUGAAUCUUUUAGAAGUUUGAGUGAAUCAAAUUAACUAUUUUUCAUGCUAAAUCUUAGUACUGCUUAGAGGCUGAUAGUAAUAGAAAUGAAAUGUGCAUUGUUUUAAAAGGGUGUUUGCAAAGACUUUAUAAGAUAAGAAAUUUAGGCAGUUAUUGAAGAUCAGGAAGUGUAUUUUGUGUGUGAUUCUUCAGUUUGUCCAUGUAUUUAAAUAUGCUUUACCAUAUGUCUCUGGGUUUUACAUUGCUUACCUAUGCUUUCACUGUG